AUGGAUUUGAACAUCGAGGCGCACCCUGCACGGAGCGAUAUCCUGCUGCUGAUCAUCGGAGAUGCCCUGCUCUACCAAUCUGGAGGCCAACACGCCUCCUACGCGACAGCUUGGGGCUGCUAUGCCGACGCCUGGAAGAUGAAGGCACGGGCCAUCGACCCGCGUCAUGUGCCUGCUUGCCAGGCUCAGGCCGAUCCGGACUUUGCGCGAUUCUGCGUGCAGGCUCGCAUUCUGGAGGGAAUGCGAGACCGGGGCCGAAGGCGGCAGACGCUUUCGGAGCUGGGUCUGCGCCUUCCUCCCCGAUGGAUCUUCCAUGUGGACAGCGGCACCCUGCCGCUAAGUCGCAUCGACUUGCGGAGAUUUGUGCAUGCUGACCGCCAUCUCAUCUUCAGCGAAGAGUUCGACACGGGCCGAAUCCUCCCUGGCCCAUACAUCUCUCGCGUCUCUGACCACUCCACCCGCUUCUUCCAAGCCUGGGAGAAACGUGCAAACACCUCUUUGCAGCUGCAUGUGCUGGCCUGGCUGAACCAGGAGCUCAGCUACCCGGGCCGGACGCUGAAGAAUGUUACGGCGAGCCUACGGCGGGUCGCCACGCAGUACCACGAUGCCCAGGACACCGCCAGCCACGACAGAUACGUUGCCGCUGCCAAGUUCGUACUGGGACCACGUCGUUCGUUCCGGAAUCUCGUGAUCCUGCGGCGUGGCCUGGGAUUCUGUGUGGAGGCUUCCUUUCCCGUCAACCUUUCGGAGGCAUCCAUCCUCGGUCGCCGCUUUCUGUGCGUCCAGGCACCUGACAUCGUCGAAGAGCUUGAUCCACAAUGCCUGGAGACGGUCUUCCGCUGCGAAGCCUGGCUUGCUGACUGCCUGGGCACUGCAGAGACGGACCAGGACUUACCGCACUCCUUCCGGAACUACCAGCCUCAGAGGAUGGGUCUGGGAAUGGUCAACGAUAUCGAGGAUUGCUGGCCUGACUGCCCGGCCGACGUCUCUGCAUCAGCCUGGGCCGAGAUGAAGACUGGCAGGGGGCUGUGCUGUCCACGAUCACUCAAGUUCCAUCACUUCAAGUCCCUUAAUUGUUAG